AUGGUCGCCCAGAACAGCACUCUCUGUCCGUCAGACAACCGACAAAUAAUUGACCAGAGUAGUUUCUGGAGCUCAAACGGGCUGAACUGGGACGCACAUCGGAUAGGAUGGGUGGUUUCAGGAGCGUGCGCCGCUGUGACGGUCCUCCUCACGGCGAUCAACGUCUCGUUCCACUGCAGAAACUACACGAACCCUGGCGAACAGCGACAAAUCAUCCGAAUAUUGUAUAUGCCUGCCGUCUACGCCUUGAUAUCCUUCUUUUCCUACCGGUUCUUCAGGAGCUACACGUAUUAUGACCUCAUCGAAUGUGUAUACGAGUCCAUCACUCUCAGCGCCUUCCUCCUCCUCCUCAUCGAGUACGUCGCUGCGACAGCAGUCGGCCACGACGUCGACAAUGCCAUCCUCCGCAAAGACAAAUCAAGUCUACCAAUUCCUUUCUGUUGUUGGCGGUAUCGACCAACUAAGGCCUACUUCAUGUACGCCGUGAAGUGGUCCGUACUCCAGUACGUCAUCCUACGACCAGCACUUUCCAUCGCGGGAAUCAUCUGCCAACACUACGGUGUGCUGUGCGAGUCGGGCCCUUGGAGCUUCAAGACUGCACACGCAUACAUCAGCGUCAUCGACGCUGUUAGCAUCACGGUUGCGCUAUACGGGCUGUUGAUAUUCUACGGGCUGACGAAGGAGGAGCUCGUGGGGAAGAAGCCUCUGGCCAAGUUUUUAUCCAUCAAGCUCAUCGUCAUGUUCACCUUCUAUCAGUACUUGGUGUUCGAUGCACUUGAAGGAGCGAAUCCACCUGUGAUUAAAGCGACGCCAUAUUGGACGGCGACCAACAUCGCCGAUGGUCUCAACGCGCUCGCCAUUUGCAUCGAGAUGGUGCUGUUCUCCGCUUUCAUGAUGCACGCCUACACGUGGAAGGAGUACGUCAUCCCGGGCCGCCCCAAGACAGGCUUCGGGCGGCCGCUCUUGGACAGCAUCAACUACGCCGACUUCGCGCGCGAGAUCUGGAGCUCGACCAAGUUCUUCAUCGACUUCAUUCGCGGCAAGCCGGGCACGCACGGCGUGCGCAUCACGGUGACGAACGCGGACGGACGCGCGGUCACAAAGAAGACGUACGGCGAGGCGUUCGGCUUCGAGCGUAGCUCGUCCUCGGGCGUCAGCAGCCUCUCUUCAAGCCCAAGCGCGAAUGUCUACCGCGGCCGAGCAGGAGGAGGGGGUGAGUCCAUGACCAUGUCCGCUGUACGUCCGCCCCGGGAAUCCUAUGAAGAGAACAUCAGGUUAGCGCCGUAUCAGUACGGGGGCGGCGAAGCGAACAGCGCGGAGGGAUAUACGACUGGGCCGAGCAUGGAGAACGUGAGCAUACCGCGCUACUGA